AGUAUUUCUGCUUCUGCCAGGCUCCGUGACACUUCAGUGGAAGGACAUUACAUUGCUGGUUCCAUGGAUACACGAGGUCCACGAGAAGGCACAGGACCCAAGCAAGCUGUACUGGAGUAGGAUGGGUAGUGCGUGCGUCUGGUGGCCUUGGAAGGCCCUGCCCAGAGCCCAGAAGUCCAGACAGCCUGGGAGACAAGCAGAAGUUGGAGCCCAAGUUGGAGAGAGAGAGGAGAAGCCUUCUGCAGCCCAGUGUGUCCUUGACUCUAUUCAGGAGGUAAGGACAAGCAGGAGGUCUUUGGUGUGCCCUCAGAAGUUUGCCUUCAGUUCUCACCAAGCCACUCUGAGAAUGGAACGAUCCACCCGGGAGCUGUGUCUCAACUUCACCGUUGUCCUGAUUACAGUCAUCCUUAUAUGGCUCCUUGUGAGGUCCUAUCAGUACUGAGAUGCCACAGCUCCUGGAAUUGACUGCAAUGCUCCAGGGCUGUCUUCUGUAUGCCCUGCCAUCCCACUGCUGUCAUGGGAUGCCUUUUCUGGCACCCCAUGGCACUUCUGACCAGUUUGCACAAUAUCUGGGGUGCCUCCAGAGCUGCUCUCAAUGGCUUCAAAAUGUUUGCCAGUAAGCAUUAGAUUUAUUCCCCAUUUCUUACUGCAAAUGUGUUAGACAAGC